GCUCGUCGUGAAAAAGAACGCAAAGAACGUGAGCUGCAAACGCGUGAAGCUGAGGAACUGGAGUUGGCACUCGCACUCAGUGCCAGUGAGGCCGAGUGCAAAGAGCGUGAGCGUCGUCAAAACGCCCGCCCGAUGGAGACAGGUCACUCGGGAUAUCCGAAUGUGCGUAGUGAAAACGGACCGAUGCAGCUGUUACCGGUGCUUGACACAAGCGAUAUGGAUCCGGAAUUGGCGCGUUAUUUGAAUCGUCAUUAUUGGGAAAAUCGGGCCAAUGCGUUGGGUCAGCAGAACACAUCCAAAAUGGGUCAGGAUACCAUAUCACCGUCACCAGUUCCACAACCCAGUGCACCGAGAUAUUCUUCUCCGGUACCGUCUUCACUGCCGUCGUCUGUUGCAGUGCUGAAGAAUCCUGCACCCGGACCUAUUGACGGGGCUGAGCGGACGGGCAGCAAACCGUCAAAUGCCAAUCCGGCUGGUAUGCACCUUCCCGGUGUGCCCGAACUGACCACCGAAAAGCAAGAGGAAUUCCUGAACGCACUGAGAGCCAGUAUCGAGUUCUUUGUGAAUCGAAUGCAAAGCAAUAGUCAACGCGGUCGAAGUAUCGCAAACGACACGACUGUCCAGGCCCUAUUUCUCACACUGCAUGAAAUGCAUCCACAACUGUUGCAGCAGAAACAAGCCAUGGAAGAUCGUCGGGGACUGCAAGACAAACUUACGCAGUUACGGGAGGCGCGUGAAGCGUUGGAUGCAUUGCGACAAGAGCAUGCCGCGAGACGGCAGCUGGAAGAACAAGAAGCGGCACGUCUUAGACAACUGCAGAUGAUGCAAAAAUUGGAAGUGAUGCGUCAGCAGAAACGGGAUUCUCUCGAAUACAAGAGGCGUAUGGCAUUAGAACAGACUAUGCAGUAUCAACAACAGUACCAAUCACAAACGCAUGCGAUGUCACAUCAAAUCGAUCCGACCACGGGGCUUCCGUUGUCCGUAGCUAUGGGUCAAAUGCAUCCACCCGCGUAUAAUAUGGCCACUCCUGGUUAUACAAGCCUGGCACAAAUGCAACCACCUUACCUACCGACCACCACAACCGCAACCACAUACGGCCCGAGUGGAGUGGAUCCGGUUACGGGCGGUUAUGGGCAACCGGGAGUUAGUAUAUCCGAUGGAUCAAACUACUACCCCACAGUCCAAGUUCCUCCGAUCACUUCGCAUUCGCAAGCUCAUGGACAAAUGUAUUAUGGACCUCAACAAGUUGGACCAUUACCGGGGCAGACACAUCCUGGCUACAAUACUGCCGGUCCGUAUUCGAUGCAGAGUCUGGACGCUGCCUUGCCACCAUCCGGGAAUGCGCAACCGGAUCCUCGGGCUUUGUAUCCCGGAUCACAGUACUUACCAACCACACAGCCACAGCAACCGGCUACUCAGGACCCGAACGUCUAUACCGCGCAGCAAGUUUACGCGGAGCUGCCCGAACCACCUAAUUCGGAACCCCGAGCCGCAUCUCCUUCUCGGUCUAACUACACCCAUUCUCAGCCAGCACAACGUGAUGCAGUUGAAGGCCAAUUAAUCUCAUUCGAUUAG